AACUAUUGCACGGUUGUAUUUCGUUUGUCGCAGGUGGUCGUCGGGGACGUCUACAGUUGUGGUGACGGCCGACACGAGUGCCGGUGGUGGAGGAGGCGGACGCAGCAAGGCGCCAAUGAACUUCUUGCGCUUGCGGUCUGUCCAGCGGACGGACGCAGGAAAUUACACUUGCACGGCCAGGAACACGGUGGGGUCUAAGAGUCUACAACAUCAGGUGAUCGUAACACCAGACAUGAGUGCGCACGUGGUACCGGCAUUAGCAGAUAUCGAGUCCGGCCGGUCCGUGUCGUUCACAUGCAUCACAUCUGCAGCCGACGAUAACCAAAUUGUGACCUGGUUGAAAGACGGUGUGCCUCGUAAGUCCAGUUCAUCGACUCCUCCUACUUACACACUGAACGUAGAUUCCGUACAAAAAGACGAUCAGGGCAUGUAUCAGUGUGUGGUCAGCAACAAGCUGAACAACGAAAUGGCACAUUCGUUCGCCGAACUCAGGCUGAGUGCUUCCAAACCAACAUUAAAAUACAAGUUCAUCGGCCAUUUGUUGAAACCCGGUCCGGACGUUUCUCUCAAGUGCAUUGCGUUCGGCACACCAACUCCUCACAUCACCUGGAAGUUCGACGGUAACGAUGUCUCUCUCUCACAGAUGCGGAUAUCGGUUAGUCAGUAUGUGACAGAAAUCGGAGAUGUCGUCAGUCAUUUCAACAUCACCAAAGUCCAAGUGGAAGACGGUGGUCUGUACGAAUGCAUUGUUUCAAAUCGAGCAGGCCAAGUGUCGCAUUCAGCGAAAAUACAAGUUUAUGGUGAUCCGGUGGCCAAGAAAACUCCUAAGAUUAUUGCGCGGGCUGGUCAACAAUUGCAAAUGACCUGUCCAAUAUCUGGAUAUCCAAUUUUCAACAUCAAUUGGGAAAAAGAUAAUAAGAGGUUACCCGGAGGGAAGUUACUGAACAAGAGACACAAGGUGUUUGCCAACGGUUCGAUAGUGAUCGAAAACGUGCAGAAAAAGACCGAUCAGGGGACGUACUAUUGCGAAGCUAGCAACGAAAAACACGUUGUCCGAGCUUCGGUCGAAGUCGUCGUAAUAGAACCGCCGCACAUCCAUCCGUUCACGAUAGGAGACGGUUACCACGAAGGCGGUCGCGUCGGAUGGCAGUGUUUCAUAACCAAAGGCGACGGGCCGCUGACGAUCGAGUGGCUGAAAAACAACCAAUCGCUGGACCUGACGUCCACGCCGUCGCUGUCCGUGACCUAUCAGAACGAGUAUAGCAGCUCAGUGCUCAUCGAGAGCAUACGAUUGGCGCACGAGGGCAAUUACACUUGUCGGGCGACCAAUCCUGUGGCCACUGUCGAGCACACGGUCACGCUGACUGUACUCGUACCUCCUGAAUGGAUAAUUGAACCCAAGGACGUGAACGUUGUAAGAGAUGACCAGGCAGAAGUCAACUGUUCCGCUUCAGGACAUCCUAAACCGACAAUAAAAUGGAAAAAGGGAUCCAGUAAGGAUUCGGAUCAGUUUAGUGAAGACGUAACCGAUAACGUAACAUCUGAUGGCACUCUGGUUAUCAGUAAAGUGACGAAGAAACACGAAGGCUACUACGUAUGUGAAGCAAACAAUGAAGUCGGCACGCCCAUAAUUUCUAUAAUUCGUCUAAACGUACAGGACUUACCGCACAUUAUACUUCCGAAUACGAAAUAUAUGUCGAUAAACGGCGGUGUGGCAUCCAUGGCAUGCGAGGCGACUGGAGACCAACCGAUACACAUAUCGUGGAUCAAAGGAUCCGUCCAACUGAACUACAAAAGCGCCAAUCUCAGAUAUAACGUAGAGGAAAUGUACACUGAUACAUCUGUGAAGUCGAAAUUGAUUAUCAGUAAAGUGAGUGCUGCCGACUCGGGAAGGUAUGUGUGCGUUGCGGAAAACUCGUUGGGGAAACACGAGGCGGCCAUGGAAUUAGAAAUUAAAGUUUUAGGAUCUCCACCGGAUGAUCUAUCGUGCAACGUCACCACUCCCAACAGCGUGAGAUUGCGAUGGACCGACUUGAACGCGAAUAACUUAAUGAACGACUAUGUGCAGGGAUAUGUUCUUACCUAUUCAAAGGUGGUACCUGCGGAUGAUUUGAUAAGCGAAUACAAUGAAAUUGAAGUUUUUCAUAACGGCGAUGACGCAACUAUUUCCAAUCUCGAUACUGACACUGAGUACGUAUUUUCCAUCAAAGUGAAUACGAUUCAAGGUCCGGGAAAAUCAAGCAAACCUCUGAUUUGCAGAACUUCAGAAAGUUUACCAGAAGCACCAGCUGGCUUGAAAUCUAUGCUUUUAUCACCAAACAUGGCUCUUAUAUCUUGGAUACCACCGAAACAUCCAAAUGGCCAGAUUCAACAUUUUACCCUUUACGAAAGAGAAAAAAUAAACGGAAUGCAAGGUGCCGUAAAGUCACAGUCAUUUGAACCACAUAUCCGACAGAUUCAAUUGUCAAUGUUCAGACACUCUAGCAGCUAUUUGUGGUGGAUAACCGCAACCAACGGCGUGGGUGAGAGUGACAAGUCACGGACGGCUUCUCUGUCGACAGUUAAAUCUGGCGGAAUGCCUGCAGCCAUUGGAAAUUUCCACGGUAAGAUACAGACCAAAUGGCACGCCAACAUCGAUCUGCCUUGUAUUACAUCCGGUAUUCCGACUCCGAACGUAAAAUGGACCUUCAACAGUCAACCAAUCGAUUUAUUGCAGUCUCAAAGAUUGGUCUAUGAUAACUUCACGUUGCACUUGGACUCGGUGACCAGCACGGAUUCUGGCAAUUACACGUGUACCGCGUGGAAUGUUUAUGGGUCCGAAAAUGUUACCACUUCGCUGCUAGUAGUCGAGCCACCGAAACCGCCAAUUCUUGGGAUAGUCAACGUGUCUUGGACAAAUGUCACUGUGAAUUGGACAAAAGCGCCAAACACAUACGCGGUUCAGCAGUAUUUACUUUCAUAUAAAUACGUUAAUGAACCAGAAAACAUGUACACGGAAAUUUCUUUACCUUCACAUUCAAAUGUAUUCACGUUACCAAAUAUCAAGUGCGGUACAACGAUAGCGUUCAGCAUUUCGGCAAGUAACCGAGUGGGUCACGGAAUGCAAAGCAGACCAUUUAACGUAAAGACAUUACAAGGGAAAACACCAAUUGCACCCACACAAAACGAAGCUAUCGAACAGAUGGUAUCGGGAUUUUUGAUUCAUCUGCAAAAAUGGAACGCCAAAUAUUGUCCGAUAACACAUUUUUCAGUAUACAAAAGACUAACUACCGAAAAAGAAUGGACAACGGUUAACGAAAACAUUACACCAAAUGGAAUUUACUCGAUUGAAACGUUAAAUCCGUCGACUAACUAUAAUAUUUUGGUAAAAUGCUACAAUUCUGCUGGUAUGACAUCAACAAUGUACACUGCUUCGACCUUAACUAAUUAUGCAGGAAAUUAUGACAAAGAAGCUCUAUCGGUGAAUGACAAGAUAAUGCUGACUAUUUACAAUAUAGCUGUAAUGUGGCCACUCGCUGUAGCCUUACUGUUUCUCAUAGUCAUCAGUCUAUCAUUGAUAGUAUGUUAUAAAUACAGGCAUAUGUAUAAAAAGAAUCAACGUCAUCUGGAGGCAAAUAAUAUGAUAUUAAAAAAUAAUAGCUGUUCAAAAUCCGAAAUUCAUUCGGAUGCAUAUGAAACAUGUACACCAUUCAAAUCGAAGAGUACCAUACUGACCAAUGACGAUUCAAACUACAAUGAAAUAUCACCAUAUGCAACAUUUCAAAUUUCUCCUUCUAAAUCACCAAAAAGAAACAAACAAUACUUUUGCACUAACUGCGGAGAAAAUUUGGAAAUAUGCAACUGCAAUAGAAUGUUUUGUUCUCAGGCGGACUACACAAACUUUUUAAGACGUCCAAUACCGAAACGAGUACCUUCCUAUUCAGACAACAACAAUGAAGAUUCCAAAAGUCAAAGUAGUUCUAUUCAUGAGUUUUAUGAUAUUGAGAGAAACUCAAAAACAUGUGAGCCUAUGAAGAAACCUAAGCGGAGACUGUUACCUCUACCAGAUUCUAGACGUGGAUCAAAUCAAAGUUCCAGAGAAUGUAGAAGCACAAAUUUACAUGAGACCACAUUCAUGAUGCCAAUACAGCAUCAUGGAACAUAUUCGCAUAAUGAUACCGAUGAAGAAGAUAAUGGAACUAUGAGCUCCGGCCGUGGUUCCAGACCAGUUCCAUAUAGAGUAUGCUAUUAAGUAAAAUUAAUAAACAUAAUAAUAUGAUUUUUGUUGAAUUUUUUUUUUUUUUUUUAAUUAAAAUUAUUACUAUUA